CUCCCCACUUCUCUGCGACUGAAAUUGUGUACAUUUUAUUGCCAGACAUCUACCAACAAAAACCCACCUGAUCAAGAAAGGUCACCCUCUUUAACCACUUCAUGUCCGGACACUUUCCCCCCCUUCCAGUCCGGACACUUCCCCCCCUUCCAGUCCGGACACUUCCCCCCCUUCCAUUCCGGACACUUUCCCCCCUUCCAGUCCGGACUCUUUCCCCCCCUUCCAGUCCGGACACUUUCACCCCCCCCCUUCCAGUCCGGACACUUUCCCCCCCUUCCGGUCCGAACACUUUCCCCCCUUCCAGUCCGGACACUUUCCCCCCCUUCCAGUCCGGACACUUUCCCCCCCUUCCAGUUCGGACACUUUCCCCCCCCUUCCAGUCCGGACACUUUUCCCCCUUCCAGUCCGGACACUUCCCCCCCCCUUCCAGUCCAGACACUUUCACCCCCCUUCCAGUCCGGACACUUUUCCCCCUUCCAGUCCGGACACUUCCCCCCCCUUCCAGACCGGACACUUUCCCCCCUUCCAGUCCGGACACUUUCCCCCCCUUCCAGUCCGGACACU